AUGGUCUUCCGCUUCGCCAAAACCCUCGAUCCAAUAACCCUCUUCCACGCACCAAGCUCAAAAGCCAGCCAAAACGCCCUCAAGACCCUGCAACGGGCAGCGACGAUAGCGGAGUCGGAUGCGGCGCCGGCGGGCGGACGCGGGGAAUUCCAACUGGAGGUGACGACGGCGCCGCCGACGGCGGACCAGCUGCGGAAUAUCCUGGACUACGUGACGGGGAACCCGGCGGGGGCGGGGGCGGUGGAUCGGGGGGCGAGAUACGCGGUGGGUGAGGUGGUGCGCGGGGCGCGGGAUGCGGAGGACGCAAUCCGAAAAUUCAAGGGGGACCCGGAGGGGAGUUUUGCUAGGCCUGUUACGGUCGAUUGGACGAAUGGACAGGCGGUCGUUGGGGAUAAUGAGUCGGAGAUCCUGAAGAUGGUGCAGCAGUUGAAUGAGAAUUGAUUGUCCCCGGAUCAGCAUGGGAGGACAACACGAUAAUACCUCAAGCUCAUGCACAUUCAUGUAUUCUACGAUACGCUGUAUCAUACACUCUUCGCCCCUCCUCUGGCAAAUACCCGUCAUGCCAUAGCCAUUAGAAUAUCAUAUCAUACGCGCUC